GUCGACGUCACGAGGUUCCCCCCUCGUCGUGUCCGCCUCUCUUUGCGCCUGCGCUCCUCUUCCCUAAGACCACAGUCGAGUCUGGGACACAAACAGCAGCAGCAGUCCUCCUGUCUCCUGCUUGUCUCCUGCUUGUCUCCUGCCAGCACGGGACAUUUCACAUGCAUUGGGUUUGUGAGUUCCCUGGAUGUCAGCACCCUCAGGGGUUGGGAGAGCCUGCAAAAUCAAAACCAAAACCCAAUACGACAGUUGAAGCUUCCAACUAGCACCUACAUCUACGACCACUCUCAUGUUCCUGCAGAGCACCAAAUAGCUCAUUCUAAAAACACUAUUGUAGAGCUUAUUGCCAACAUGGAGAGCGUAGCAGUGGACAACCUAAUAGACUUUGACCUGCCCUCAGAGGCCACAGCUCUAAGCAAAGAUGGAGGCCAACACCAAGGCCAUACAGACAUUUUCUCUCCAGAGCAGGUGCCGUCCUUGGGAGUCCACCAGCAACCCUUACUGCCAGAGCCACUAGCACCAAAUAAGCCCAGCACUCACCACCAAGAAAAAGGAGACAAUGACAGCGAUGCUACAGAGUCAGCGGACAGCGACAACGACAUGGACCCGCCCUCUCAUAUGUGGGAGCUGAGGAGGUCGUCCUCUUCGUCCACUCACAGUGGAGGAGACGCCGACGCUGAGGUGGUGGAGAGGAGGCAGUUCAUGAAGGCUUAUGUGGAGAAGGUGUUUCACGGAAAGGAGGACUUUGACCAGGAAGAGAAGGCCCGUUUUGGAGAGCUGUGCAGUGGAGAGAAUGGCAAAGGCAGGGAGUGGUUUGCCAAAUACGUCAGCGCACAGCGCUGCCACUCCAAAUGUGUGAGUGAAGCCACCUUCUACAGACUGGUGCAGUCUUUUGCAGUUGUACUGUUUGAAUGUUAUCAGAUGGAUGACUACAGCCCAGCCAAAAACCUCAUGACUAUGUGCUUCACAUACUACUACAGUGGGAAGUCCCAGCCAUCUCCCUCAGAGCUGCUGGAUCGUGGCGGUCCUCCAGCUGGUCUGGACUCGUACAUCAACAAGGCCAACUCCUGGCUGUCUGUGAGGAAGGAUGCCGCUGAGCGCCUCCUCAAAACCACAUCUAAAACUGACGUCAAGGGCUUCUUUGGAGGCCUAGAGAGCAAGCUAAGGGGCUCAAUGGCUCCCAAGACUGAGGAUGGGGGAAGCCCGGUUGAGACAAAGCCCAAAUCACCAGUGUCUGAGGCUCCAGAGGAAAAGAAAGGAGAGAAGGUGUACCUGUACACCCACCUGAAGCAGCAGCCCAUCUGGCACACUCUCAGAUUUUGGAACGCAGCGUUUUUUGAUGCCGUCCACUGUGAGAGGACGAAAAGAUCACCAACCACGAGGGGAACGCAGGAUGAAGAGAAAGACGAGAGGGAGAAGUGGUGUCAUAUGACCCAGGAGGAGAGGGACGACAGCUCCAAAAUCGAUGAGAACAUCGCCUUCGGCCAGCUCGGGACAUUCACUCAUAACAUGUUGGCGUUUGGGCUCAGCAAGAAGCUCUGCAAUGACUUCCUGAAGAAGCAGGCAGUCAUUGGAAACCUGAAUGAAGAACAGUACAAGUUGCUGAGUGACCACAUAGAGAAAAUGGCAGCAGAGUGAGUUUGAUGACGACAGCAGCAUGUCACAGUGACCUCUCUGUCACAUUUCUGACAACCUCCGUCCCCGGCUGGACUCAACUGUGCCAUAGUUGUAGCAGUCCCCUUUUUUUUUAUUUAUUUUACUUGUCAGUGCUCCUCUGCACCCUGUCCUGUGUCAGCAAUAACACAACCUGAUCAGCUGGUGUAACUUGAACGUCUCUGAUCUGCUUGGCAAAAUUAAAGGCAUAAAGUGAAAUCAUUCAGUAUAAAACCAAAACACAGUCAGCAUGGUGUCAGACACUCUGGAUUUAUAAGUUACACACAUGAUGUGUAUACCCUUCAUGCUGUUUUGUUCUGUUUCCUUGGAAACAUUGCCUCAUUUAUGUAACAGCAUCUGGUGUAAUAAUCAUCAUCCGGCCUUGUUACAUUUAACAUAGGUGUCUACAGACAGUUCAGACCAGACUUGGAUAUACUGUAAGAGUACAUGUCACUAACAGCUCCUAGUGUUGUAAUGUGGUAUCCGGUCAGUCUUCAAUCACAAAGUGACUUACAGAAAUUACUGAGUACUGGUCUAUGCUUCCUGUCACACUGUAGUAUCCUAUUUUACACACAAAGACAAUUGCUUUGAGCUAUGUUAGCCACAUUACUAGCUUGACAGGCUAACGGUUUCCCCUGCUUCCAGGCGCAUGCUAAGCUAAUCUUCUUAAUCUUCUUCAAAAAAGAAAAAAAGAAGUAAAGUCUUCCAUCUGAUUACGUACUCAGAGAAAUGGUAAUACAUAUUUCAAUCCUAUUUUUGCCAAUUUUACCCACACAUUUCUAAUCUAAUGGUAUUCAUGUUAUGUUUUUUUAAUUAGAAACUUGAUUAUACCCAUGGGAUCUUUAGAAACUAUAUUUUUCAUUUCAAAGUGCCUUCCAUGAAAGUUACUGUAUUUUAUCUUGAGAUGUUUAUUACGUGACGCUAAUGCAGAGCCUGCAAUGAUCACUCUAUUACUCAUGCCCAGAUAGAGAAAACUUCUGCACGCAGUUUCUUUUGUCACUGUGAUGCUAUGUGUUUUGGACCUAAGUAGCAGUUUCAUUUCAUUUGGUUGAGCUGUAAUUUACACAAUGCAUAGCUUAGCAUGUCACCUGGAUGAAAGUACACAUUCUUUCCUAUCCUGCUACAUAUGUAUGCUAUCUAUCUGCAUAUCUAUCUAGCAGGUGCAAACAGCACCAAGCAAAUGUCUAAUGAGUAACUGAACUGUGAAAUGACAUCUCCUAAUUGUAUUACUUCAUCCUACCACUUAGGGGUAGCAGCGUGUCUUCAUUUAAAGAAUUUCUCAAAAAAGCUUCCUAAAUUCAUUAAGUCUUUAGCUUUAGGUUCGAGAACACAUCAGUGGGUGUUUUAAAAUAAUGAAAUAUGGUUACCUACAUUUCAAUGCCCGCAUGAUGCACUUUUUGGCAUGUUGAAUCUCAUUUCAGAUUGAUAAUCUGUGUUCAUUUUUGUGCAUGAAGUCAUUUUGUAAAUAAUGUAAAUAUUUCUCUGUAUGUCUGUAAGAAUUGAUCGUGUGCUGCUGUUUGUGAACUUUAGGUAUUUAAAUGUAAAUGUUUCAACUAGAGAUGUAAUUGUACAUUGUGUCCAAGAGGAACAUACAUGUCUAACUGUAGUCAUGACCCUGAAGUGCCCUCAUAAAUCCAACCUCUGACAUGCUCGUUCAAAGUAUUUGCAUAUAAUGUUGUGCAAUAAUCUCCAAUGUAAAUGUAAAUCAUUCUUUCCCAGCUGAGUGACAUGUUUGGAGCUACAUGCAGUAUAUUCAUACAAAUCACAUAGACAGCCUUAUAAGCCUCUGUUUGCUUUACACCGUUUAUUAUUUUACUCAGGUGUCCCUUUGCAUGUGCUUUACAUGUCUUUGAAACCUAUUCUCAGACUACGUGAGCAAUAGCUACAGUCCCUCCAUUCCCUACCAUUGUGUUUUUCCUGAUGUGACCAUGUUACAACUGUGUAUACCCUUCUGUGUACACCCUUUGGGCUUGGUUGAAGUAUUGAUCUGUGUAUUGUACUUUUAGCUCAGCAUGAGCCAUUUGCACUACAUUUAGUCUCAACAUCUGUACGCUCAUAUCUAUUAAAUAUUGUUAAAUUGAUGCCUUGGAUAAAUGUUGUGCAUGGCCGUGCGAGCUCUCUCUUGAACACAUCUGUUGUAAAAUGUUGACGGUAGUUUGUCUUUUGUAGCCUAGAUGAAAAGACCAUUUAAACCUUAUUGACUUUGUGUCAAUUAUCAACCAAGGAAAAUUUGUCAGUAAAGUAGUACGUUAGGUUUUUCAUGUGAUUUCCCUUUGGAUAAACUCAUGUUAUGAAGAUAA